UGCAUUCGCCAAAUUGUCAUCAUAUCGGUUUGUUUUUGUUUCGAACACAUUGCGGGUAGAGUUUGCGAAUCGUUCAUUGGCUUGGAAAAUAAUUAUUGUACAAUGUCCCACAAUCACUCCCACGGCCAUGGCUGCGCCCACGAAGCACUUGGAAUUGAGGAUGAGCUCGAGAUGGGAAUCCAGUAUAGUUUGUAUGCGAAAAUCGACAUGAUGAACGUUGAAUGCUUGAAUGAGGAAACGGAAGGAUCGGGAAAGACCGUAUUCAAACCGUACGACCAAAGAAUGGAUUUCAGCAAAUUCGUUACAAGCGAUGCAGACGAGGAGCUGCUGUUCAACAUUCCCUUCACAGGGAAUGUUAAGCUGAAGGGCAUUAUCGUAAUGGGGGCUAACGAUGAUAGCCACCCGAAAAAGAUGAGAUUAUUCAAAAAUCGUCCCAAAAUGACUUUCGAUGACACAGCUGUACAGCCAGAACAGGAGUUUGAGCUGGAGAGAGAUUCUAACGGUGUCAUCGAAUAUUCAACCAAAGUCGUAACGUUUUCUUCUGUUCACCAUUUGUCGAUUCAUUUCCCAACGAAUUAUGGAGAUUCGAACACAACCGUAUAUUACAUUGGACUGAAAGGCGAAUUUAGUGAAGCCCACCAUCAUGGUGUCACGAUUUGCACCUACGAAUCGAUGCCAAGCGUUUCAGACCACAAAAAUGGCCUGCUAGAUAAGGUCAAUCAUCGUGUACAGUGAUAGCGUGAUUCGGAUUGGAGUGCAUGUUACGAGGAUGAAAUUUUUGAUUUACCUAUUGCGAAUAAACUAUUUAUUUAAGUCGGAUUCAAACCUACAAGAA